UAAAAACAAAUUGUUGACAGCCGUGUUAAUAUAACACAAUCUUGGAAUUUUUGUUGAAGAUAAAGGAAAAACUAAAGUAAUAAUUUUCUAUAAAAAUAAUUAAAGUGUUGAAAUGUCCUAUCAAUUAUAUCGGAAUACCACCUUGGGUAACACACUACAAGAAAGUCUGGAUGAAUUAAUACAGUAUGGACAAAUUACUCCAGCCUUGGCUUUUAAGGUUCUACUGCAGUUCGACAAGUGCAUUAACAAUGCUUUAAGUCAGCGUGUUAAGGCUCGUGUCACCUUUAAGGCCAACAAACUGAAUACGUAUCGCUUUUGUGACAAUGUCUGGACUUUAAUGUUAAACGAGGUGGAAUUCCGUGAGGUCCACGAGUUUGCCAAAGUGGAUAAAGUGAAAAUUGUAGCCUGUGAUGGUAAAAGUGGGGAGUUCAAUUAGUUUAUGUUUAUUCAUUCAUUUAACAACGUCAAUUAAGUUUGUGCUCACUAUUUAAAUUGGUUUCAUACAUUUUGAUUGAUGUUUGUUCAUUUAACAAUUUCGUUUUGGGAGACAAUACCGAAUUAUGAUUUAUAGUAUUAAGAUUUUAUAAAUAAAAAGCGUUUAAACUAAUUGCCAAUUAAA